AUGUUCGGCCUUGUCAGAGUUCUGUUUGUUGCGAGCCUGGUGCAUGUGAUCGUCGCCCAGCAGCUCUUUGACAACGAGCCAACAUGUGCUGAAAGCUGUUACGCAAACGCAGUCUCGAUCAGCGGCUGCAGUCAACAGGACCUUGCAUGUCAAUGCCGGGCCCCGAACUUCGCCGGGAUCGGUCUCGCCGGCGGAGCAUGCUUCCUCGCACAAUGUAGCCUCAACGAUCUGUCAAUCCUAUCCUCGGCGCUGACGGCGGCCUGUGCCACGGCGACAUCACCGACGACGACGGCUACGCAGUCGACGGCUGCUAUACAGCCGACGGCCGCAAUAGCGGAGACACCUUCGCUGGACCCAUUGUUAUCGCCAUCGCUCUCGCCAUCGCUCUCGCCAUCGCUCUCGCCAUCGCUCUCGCCAUCGCUCUCAUCAUCACCGGCCGAAACAUCAGCACCCACGAGCACGGCGCGCCUCUUGAGCACCGCGACUGCGUCCGGAGAAGUGAUAGCGGCGGUGCCGACACAGUCGGCGGCCGAGGUACAGGUCGUGCCCCCCGACAACGGCAUGAUGUCGGACAACGUCAUGUUGUCGGCCAACGGCAACCAAGGGGGCCAGACGACGCAGACCCUGAACGCGGCGGCAAUCACGGGGAUCGUGGUGAGCGGGGGCGCGGUCGGGCUGAUCGGCGGGAUCCUGCUGUACUUCUUCACCGUGGUACGCCGGCGCAAGAUGGACCAGGUCCACUGGGACUCGCUCGAGCGGGAGAAGGCCGCCAUGCAGAAGUCUCUCGAGGAGCUGAAGAUGGCCGUGCAGCGCGCGGGGACCUUCGACAGCCUGGACGAGAAGGGCGGCGGGGAGAAGAAGAAGCGGCCAAAGACCAUCAACCUGACGGGGAGCAACGGUCCCGGCGAGCUCGGGGUGCCGUCGAGGAUAUUCGAACUGCCGGCUUCACCAGCUAAGUUGGAAAAGAUCUGA